ACGCCUGCAAAUGAGCACAUAAGUGGUUGAAGGCUUCCUCCCUCCUUCCUUACCCCCCUUCUUCCAUUCUUCAUUGCGUCUGCACCAACGCGACCACCACCAUCUCUCACACACACACACAGAGAGAGAGAGAGAGAGAGAUGGGGAAUUGUCAGGCGACAGAGGCGGCAACGGUGGUGAUCCAGCAUCCGGGAGGGAGGGUGGAGAGGCUGUAUUGGCCAACGAGUGCGGAGGAAGUCAUGCGAAGCAACCCCGGUCACCACGUGGCCCUCGUCACCCUCUGCCUCUCCAAGGAGCAGCGCGAGGACGGGGGCAGCGUGCGGGUAACUCGCGUGAGGCUCCUCAAGCCCAAGGACAUGCUCCUGUUCGGCCAAGUCUAUCGCCUCAUCACCUCACAAGAGGUAACGAAGGCUAUUCGAGCAAGGAAAUAUGAGAAGAUGAAGAAGACACAGUCCGAGUUGAUCAAGAAACAGGAGGAGGAGGAGCAGAGGCAGAAGCAGCUGCAGAGUAGAACAGAUGGCCAUAAGGAAGUUUUUGAUGAGGGAAGACAGCUUGAUUCAGAGUGUAUAAAUCAGAAUCAAAAAGCCUAUGAGAAAUGAAGGGAAGGUCAAAGAAGAGAGAUUUGAUCCAACAAGGUAAGCCUUUGUGGGAUCAACAAGGUAAGCCUUUGUGUGUGAGUGAAUGAAAUGCAUCAGUAGAACUAUGGAAAAAUUCUAGAGUUAAUGGUGCUGAGGUUCUGUUCUGAAAACUCUGCAUCGCUUUGAAUGUCUCAGGGGGCAAAGCUGGAGAGAGAGCGACAGCAGAGCAGCACACAGCCGGCCGGGAGGGCCAGACAGUGGCGUCCUUCAUUGAAGAGCAUAUCUGAAGUUGGAAGCUGAUAAAAUGUUUAAGCUUCUUAUGUUGUUGUUAUAAUGAAAAGACCAGAAUGGAUAGACUUUCCGAUAGGUAGCCAGUCAUGAGAUGGUUAGUUCCUGUGGUUGGCGUGCCAGAAGAUUCUCCAAGUGCCUCAAAAUGAAGAAAUUCACAUUGGAAGUCAUACUACAGGAAAAAGUUACAGCAAAAGGGAAGUCUCUGUAAAGACUUGAAUAACGUUUCGUGAUGUAAUCACUAGAGUAUUGGAAAUGAAGUUGGGUUUCCCCUCGUACUCCUAUGGAAA